AUGAGUAAUAAACAUUUAGAAAAAGCAAAUAUACCUGAAAAAUGUUUGUCAAUAAUCGACGAUGCUAUCAAUAAAUAUUCAAUAAAUUCUUUUAAUUAUAAAUAUACAAAAAAUGUGUUAGAAUUAGAAGAAAUAGGCAACCAAAGUGAUGCUACACUUUUUUUUAAUGACAUUUCAGAUGAUGAAUCAGAGUUAAAGACAUAUAGCUCAAUAUUAAUUGAAAAUACUACAUGGAAUUUCAUAAAUGAUUCUAAACUUGCAUCUAAUAUAAAUUCCGUAAUGAAUAAAAGGAUAAUAAACAGUACAAGCAUAAAUAAAAAUAUUUUGGAAAUUUUAAAACAUGUACAAGAAUUAAAUAAGUCAAAUAAAAUUAACAAUUUUAUAAGAAAAAUGGAAUAUAACGAAAUAAAAGAAUUGAUAUUCAUAAAUACAAAAUUGCUCAGAAAUACAAUUAAAAAAAUAUAUAACAUAUUAAAUGGUCUUUUAAAAAAUAAGACAUUGAAUAUUUAUAAUAGUGCAGAAGAUAAUUUUUUAUAUGAUAAUUUUAUAAAGAAUAAAUCGCAAAAUGAUUAUAAAAAACUCUAUAAAAAAAAUAGGACAAUAUUUAAGAAAUAUAUAAUUUUACAAAAAUACUACAAAAAAAUAUAUAAAAAAUAUAAAGAAGAAAAUGAGUAUUUAAAAAAUUUAUUUUUAGCAAAAAAAUUCCACGAUCAAAAUGUUUGUAAAAAUGGAGCGAAGGGCGAUAAAAAAAAAGACAAAAAUGUUAUAUCUGGAAUAAACCAUAAUAUAAUAAAUGAAACAAUUAAAGAUCAGAAUUUAAUAGAUAUAAAUUAUAAAAAAAAUAAUAGGAAAAAUUUGUAUUCAAAAAAAAAUAAGUUAAUAAAUUGGAAAAGAGUAAAAGAAUAUAGAGAAUGUAGUGAGGCAGAACAUUUUAUAAAAAAACGUGAAAAAAAUAUAUGCACUAACAAUUAUUUAACUAUAUCAAAAAAUGAAAAUACAAAAGAUUACAAUGUUGGAAAAAAUAUGAUUCCAUCAUCAACAGAUUCAUUAGUUGGGGGUAAUUUAAAUCAAUUCGAGAAAAAAGCAUCAAUUGUUUCUGAACUGGGUAUGGUUCCGUCUCAAAGGUGUGCAGAAAAUAAACAAGAUACAGAUGCAAAUGUAGAUGCAGACGUAGAUGUAGAUACAGAUGUAGAUGCAAAUGUAGAUGUAGAUACAGAUGUAGAUGCAAAUGUAGAUGUAGAUACAGAUGUAGAUGCAAAUGUAGAUGUAGAUACAGAUGUAGAUGCAAAUGUAGAUGUAGAUACAGAUGUAGAUGCAAAUGUAGAUGUAGAUACAGAUGUAGAUGCAAAUGCAGAAAAUGAAGAGCUAUAUAUGUCUGAAAAUGUUGAAGCGAAUAGUGGAAUGAUUGAAGUUACGGAUUUAAAAUUUGAAUCUGAUAAUGUAGAUAAAAGGGAGCCAGUAGUAGAUGGCGAGAAUGGAAAACAAUAG